UAAAGCACACUUCUGACGAGUCGAACGAAAGUUGGUGAAGAAGCUGUUCGCAGCAGAGAUCCAGACUGAGUCGGUUUGCCAAGAUGUGGAAGAAUCUCUCCGUCAGCCGCUGGAUUUUCCUGCUCUCCUUCGCUGUUGUGAUGCUCGUCUCAGCGUCAGAAGCUUCUAAUUUUCUACAACUAAGCUGCUGUUAUGAAGUUGACAACAAGAUACGCGGCCGAAUCCAAGAGUGCUUUAAACUGAGAAAAAAAGGAGGCUGCGCCGAGGCCUUUGUCAUUCGGCUUUCGAGGACUAAAUGGCAGUGUAUCAGCCCGACACACAAGCGGAUCAAUGAGAGGAUAAAGAAGGGAGACCUAAAAUGUCCGUCCGCCUUCAAACGGAGAUUUGAAGACUGAGAUGUUGCAGCUGAAGCCAGACCUGGAGACAAAGGAGCGGCUCUCGACGUUUCCUGCUAAUUUACAUUUUUGUUUCAUUCCUGAAAAUAUCAGGAUAAGAAUAAAGGCGUGCUUUUAAACCAGUCUGUGGCAUUAUUUUGUAAAGCUAAGGACGACAGCAUUAAUGGAGCAGAACUUAAAACGCAAAAUAAAUGUGAAAUGCAGCCAA